UGUGCGAGUACAAUAAUGUCAAUAUCCUCCUCAUCAUCAUCAUCGUCGUCGUCGGCAGCGUCUCGAGGUGGUGAGGAGCCGUCGAGGCCGACUGAAGGGUUCACGAGCAGCGAGAGGAGGGAGGGGGAAACUCCCUCUGAGUUGGCAUCCCCCAGUCGCAGUGCCGGUGGCCGCCGCCGCCGCCGCCUCCUCCCCCGCGGCUCCCGCCGUGCCGAGUGCGGCCCGCCGAGAGAGAGAGAGACGCGGGCAGAAGAGCAAGAGGAGGAGGAGGCCGUGGUGCAAGAGGUGGAGGCCGUGGUGCAAGAGGUGGAUGAAGAAGCAGGAGACGUCUUCUCUCAGGUAGGAGAGAGCAUCUGUGCGGCUGGAGAGAGAGAGAGAAGCAUGUCAGCCCAGACUGACCCCACACAGCCAGCAACUUCCAGCAAAGCCACCGCGGCGGAGCCCUCGGUGCCAGGGCGGGCAGCGGAGUCAACCGUGGUAAUCGGAGGAGGAGGAGGAGAAGAAGGAAGGGAGGCUCCGGCAGUGGGGCCGGAGGAGGAUGUGAGACCGAGCGAUGUUGAUGGCGCAAGUGGGCUCACCAAGUCGCAGCUGAAGAGGCAGCGGAAGAAGCAGAAACAGGCCACCAAGGGAAGCGCUCCAGCGGCCGCUGAGAACGCGGACGGGAAGGAUGCGGGCGGCCACAGCGGCAGCUCGCCUGCCCUUCCCAUCGCCAAGAUGGAACGUGUGCCAGUGCAGCAACCUCCGUCAUCCCAGUUUGAGUUGGAGCUCGAUUGGUGCCGAGAGCAGCUGCAGCUGGGCCUGCACACGCGCAAGGCCUCGCCCAAACAAGCGGAGGAGGCGGCGCGAGCGCUGCGCGUGCUGAGCAGCUCGAAGGCACCGACGGUGAAGAAGCGGCAGGUCAUGCAGGCUGUGUUCGGUGACUACCGCAAGAAGAUGGCAAGCGACAGGGCCAGGCACAUCCGGAGCAUGGAGACUGCCAUGAAGACCAUGAAGCUGGUGCCGGUGCCGGCGAAGCCUAAGAGCGUGUUCUACAAGGCUUGCGUCAGCAAGGAGUGCCGCAACAGGCUCCACUCGGCCGGAGAGAACGCGUCCGCAGGCAACGUGCCGGCCUCCACGGGGGCCACGGUGGAGGCCAGCGCCACUCAUGCGGAGGUCCUCUCCGACGCUUGGCUCGCGAGCAUCGGGGCGCCGUCCGCCAGCACCGCCGCUGCCGUAGCCACGACUGCACGCCCAAACGGUUUCCGUUGCGCCGCACAAGAGUUUAAAUUCAACUUUUUUGAUGCGUCGGAGAGCUGAUCUUUGACGGUGAGUGUCAAGGAGGGUCGAGACAGGUCACCUCUUCAUUACCCUCUCCCAGUCUCUUUCAUCUGCCAGAUCCCGCAAUUGGGCACCAACAGGUACAUCUGCUCUCCAAAUGGUUUUACAGGCUUUCCCCCUGGCAGGCUGUGGCUUCUUUGCCUUCAUUGCUGGCCUCUUGGUGUGAGACUGCAAAUUGUCUGUUUCCAUAACAACCUGUCCUCCCUAUAAUUUGAACUGAAUUACGCUCACAGCGAGCUCUGCUGACACAUUCUCUCCUGAACUUUCAACUCCCUCACUCUGCCGCGAACCUCUUAGAAUCCCCGGCACGCUCAAAGGGGCCACAUUAUUUUUUCCAGUUGCUUUUAUCUCAUCCAGUUUUCUCGCUUGUAUUGUAACACAGCCAUCACUUUAGGCUGUACUCAUGCCGCAAUAUCCCCAUCAAUUAAAUCGGAAUACUUUGUAAAACGACUGCAGUGGUGUGGAUACAUGCAUGUAUGUUGAACUUCUUUUUUACCGUACGUCGCCAACCGUAAUAAACGGAGGUGUGAGGGAAGAACAACAAA